UUAUUCAAUUGUGUUACCAAAUAAAUGUAAAAAAAAUUGUGGCGUUUUAAAACGUUUUGGGUUUUUGGGUGUUGUGAAGUUGGGAUUCUAGCCAGAAAUAUUCUCUGAGAUUCAUCGGCUGAUCUUGUUCCUGGGUUUUGUAAUGUUAGGAAGCGAAGUCGUGCUAGUCUAGGAAAUUUGCUGCUUUCGGUUUUGCACUUGGGUGGGGUUCUGAUCCUUUUGAAGAAUUUGCAUAAUUAUUAUUAUUAUUAUUAUUAUUAUUAUUAUUUUUUUAUUUUUUAUUUUUUAUUUUUACGUUUUGCAUGUUGAUCUCAUUGUCGGAAGGGUUUUGGUACACAUUUUGGCUAUUUGGGUUUCUGCUAUGAGGAGCACCUCUAUACUUUAUAAUCAAGUGGGUUAUCAUUUCUUUUAUCACUAAUGAAAUUUACAGAUUUGGCUAAAUCAACUCUUCUAUUUUAUUUUUUUAAAGAAGAGAAAUUGAAUUCUAGGGGUGAAUUGUAAUAUAUUCCAGAAACUACUUAAUAAUUUAUAAUAAAUUACCAUCGUGCUUCAUGCUAUGCACAGUUAUGGAAAUUGUUUUAUGGAGAUAAUUGCAUGAGCAGGAAUAUGUGUCUUUAUAUAAUUAAAAAAAUUUAUAUCACUUGUCAAAAGAAACUUAUAUUACUAACUAAUAAAGUUCUGAGUUCUGAGUUUGUUGUGUUUAAAUAUAAAAAAUUAAUAAAUUUCAUAUUUGAAGCUGAUGAAUAUUGUUCUUCCUUUAUGUUUUUAGUAGUAACAUGAGAGUAUAAUAAAUUUUUUAUUUUGUAUUUUUUAAAAUCUUGAACCCCCACCCAACACCUCCUUCAUUCAAAGAAUCAAAUUAAGAACGUGGAUGAUAUAGACAAGCCCAUGAAAAUGCUAUGGACAUUUACUAGUCUUAUUGUAGAGUGGGUUAUGGAUAAUUUUAUGGAUUAACGAUUAUAAAAACUUGGGUAUAUUUUCUAAGCAUUUAUCCUUCAUUUUGCUCAUUCAUGGAGUUGUAUUUAGUGUCUGUUUGGGAUUGCAUUAGGAAAUAGAGAUUUUCAGAAUAGUGCUUUUAAUUGUAGAGCUCUAUUCAAAAGCUCUACUAUUAAAAAUAUGUUUACUGUUUGGUAAACAUGCAUCUAAAACACUUUUAAAAUUAGUUACGGUUGUUUUUAAAAAAUGGAGAGUUAUCUGCAUGAGCUUUUCAAUAAAAAGCUUCAAUUUGGGGCUUUUUAAAAACGUGGACUAGCUUUUUUUAGGUGCUUAGAGCACUUUUUACUAAUUUACCCAACAUAAAAUUUUUUCUUUAAAAAUUCUUUAAGGCUGCUAAAAGAACUUUUUAAGCUUCCAAACUCAAACCCAAACAGGCACUUAGCACCUCUGAGAAAUAUAAUUAGGGCGGUCCCACUGGACAGAAGAAUCUCGGUUUGCCAAGCUUGAUGAGCGAUGCACACUUGAACAGUGAUUAUAUCUUUGCAUUUGAACUUCUAUAAUUAUAUACAUGCAACAUUUAGUUCUUCUCUUUAUCAAAUGUGCCAUGUCAACGCCAUCACAAUGACAAUGAAUGAGAAACAUGCCUGGUCUGGGUUGUUUCAAUGAAGGUGGAGGUUAGGUUUGUUACAAUUAAGUCUUUGCGUAUUAUAUCUAUUACAUUAUUCCUUAACUUAAUCAAAGGAGAGAAAAGAAAACAAAAACUUGAGUGUGAACCUUAUCUUGUUUUAUAACUGGAUGAUCCAUAUGGCAUUCUUUUGUAAUAAUGAAUUGAUCUGAAUUGAUCAUGCAAUUGGUGCUCGACAACAGUUGCAUGAGUUAUGUAUCAUUUAGAAAAAAAGAAAUAAAUCCGGAUAUCCUAAUUGAACAUUCUUUAUCCAAAUGGGCAUUUAUAAUGGACAGAUAGCAUUCUCAAGAAUCAUGUCACUUCAUGUAUGAUGCUUCAUAAAGUCAAAGCUUAUGAAGAUCUUGGUACAAGUACCUAAAUGUUGGGAAGAAAUUGGUAUAUUAACAUUGUUAGUUUAGUUGCAUGUUUCCCCAUACUAUUCUACUUCUGUGGGCAGUGUCAUUCGAACUCAAACUUCAGAAUACAUUAUUUCAUAAUUUUCAACUGAACUUUAUUAGGUUCAGUAGUGGGUGAAGGGCAGGGAGGGUGGAUGGGCAAUGGUGCCUUUAUGCCCCUUUCUCUCUCUGGCAAUGCAAGCAUUGAUUUUAUUAUGGCAGCCAUUUUCCAAUAAUAAUUCAAAUCUAUUUUGAAAGUCACAGAAUUGCCUAUCAAACUAGGAUAAUGGAGAGUGGAUAUCUAAGUUGUGCUUUGAUUUAGUUGGAAUCCUUCAUUUACUUUCUUUUUAACCCCCUGAAGUCUCACCCCCCUUGACAUGUGGAAGUGUGUUUCGACAGCAUUUGCAUGCUUGUAUGAUCACAUAGCAAAUGUCUCUGGUACUAUGACAAGUGGUCUCGAGUUGCACUAUGGAUUAUUUCAUAUAUUGUGAGUCCAUGUCUGGACACAUUGGUUUAUUUGCUUGUUGGCAAAGUUGUAAGGCCAACUCACUUAUUACGGAUGUUUGGAUAAUGAUUCCUCUAUGCAUCACAUGGUGCCUAUGGAUUGAAAGGAAUGGUUGAAGUUUUGAAGAUAAGGAGCAUUCUCCGGAUGAGCUUAGAAGUUUCUUCUUCCAUACUUUAUUUCUUUGGGCCUCAUCUUGUGUUUUUAAUGGAGCUUGCUUAUAUGAUUUUGUUGUAUCACUUUCUAGCUCCUAAUUUUGUUACGAGGUGUGUGCUGUUUGUAAACUUCCUGUGUACUUGGGCUAUGCCUAUUUACUUUCAAUAAAAUGUUAUUUUACUUAUUAAAAAAAAAAAUUCUGGCACAUUGGUUUUUCAGUAUUAAUUUCUAAGAACUUUUCUCUUUGUGAUUGAUUUGUAUAUAUAACACUACAUGUGUCUAUGCAUAUUGCACAUGUGGGAUGGACGUGUGCUCUAACGUUAGGUUUAGCUUUGUCUGUCUCUUGUUUAUUUGUCGGCAUACUAUUUUUUAUACAUGUCUGACACUUUCAUUGGGCUGAGCUUUAUUUGAACAGAGGUGAGUUGGGCCAUAAUUGGUGAGAUCAGUGCAUCAUAUGGCAUCCCAAAUCUCAGUCUAAAAUCAUGGAAGUGCUUCCUUGUUCUGGUGUCCAAUAUGUUGGAGAAGCUGAUUGCUCUCAGCAGAGUUCAGGAACGGGUUUUACUUAUGACGGUGAAUCUAACUGCCUUGAACAUGGAAAGCAUGUUCAAGCGGCCGAUGGUAGACAGGAUGACUUAUUGCUAAAUGUUGAAGGGGCCCCAAUAUCAAAACAAGGUGAAUUUCAAGGCACAUUUGAUGAAUUGCCUACUUCAGAAGGUCACUGUUGUGAAGGUUCACAUUGUGAUUGUCAGUUAGAUUGUCAAAAUCUAUCUUGUGGUUCCCAUGAUUUUGAAGACUAUGAUGUAAAUGGAUCGAAUUAUCGAUUGGAACCUUGCACAGUCUCUGAGAACUCUCAUAUAGUUGUGGAUACCAUUGAAGGUGAAUUACCAAACAACAGGGAGGAGUCUGCUCUUUCAGAGCCCACUUGGUUAGAAGGUGAUGAAUCAGUGGCAUUGUGGGUCAAGUGGAGAGGGAAGUGGCAGGCAGGAAUCAGAUGUUCAAGAGCUGACUGGCCAUUGGCAACUUUAAAAGCAAAACCGACACAUGACCGAAAGAAAUAUUUUGUGGUAUUUUUUCCGCACACAAGGAAUUAUUCUUGGGCAGAUAUGCUACUUGUCCGUUCUAUUAAGGAAUUUCCACAUCCUAUUGCAUAUAAGACACAUAAAGUAGGAUUAAAAAUGGUUAAAGAUUUAACUGUUGCUCGCCGGUUUAUCAUGCAAAAGCUAGCUGUUGGCAUGCUGAAUAUUGUCGACCAAUUUCAUGCUGAGGCCUUGAUAGAGACUGCUCGUGAUGUGAGUAUCUGGAAGGAGUUUGCUAUGGAGGCUUCCCGUUGUAGUGGUUACUCUGAACUUGGAAGAAUGCUUCUGAAGCUGCAGAAGAUGAUACUUCAGCAUUACAUGAAGUCAAACUGGCUACGUGAUUCUUUUCACUCUUGGACACAAAGCUGUGAGAAUGCAAAUAGUGCUGAAUCGAUUGAAAUGCUGAAGGAGGACUUGUUUGAUUCUAUUCUGUGGAAUGAAGUGAACUCACUCUGGGACUCACCAGUACAGCCCACGUUGGGUUCUGAGUGGAAAACCUGGAAGCAUGAAGUUAUGAAAUGGUUUUCGACAUCUCAUCCUGUAUUCAGUGCUGGAGACAUGCAGCAGCAGGCAAGUGAUGAUCUCUUGACCACAAGUCUCCAACUUAGCAGGAAGAGACCAAAGCUUGAAGUUCGUCGUGCGGAGCCACAUGCUUCCCAGGUGGAAACAUUUGGAUCUGACCAAGCAGUUACUCUUGAGAUUGACUCUGCAUAUUUUAGCAGUCGAGACACUGUAAAUGCUACUACAUCGGCAUUGGAACCCCAUAAAGAGGAUGAUAUAAAGGAGGUAGCUGCUCCUACAGGUACACCUAGUCGUGUGGCUGAUAAAUGGGACGACAUUGUAGUUGAACCUGGAAAUUCUGAGUUGAUUCAAACCAAAGAUGUGGAAUUGACACCUGUUAAUGAAGUGGUGGCUGCAAAAUCUUUAGAACCUGGAAGUAAAAACCGGCAAUGCAUAGCUUUUAUUGAAGCUAAGGGAAGGCAAUGUGUGAGGUGGGCCAACGAUGGGGAUGUUUACUGUUGUGUGCAUUUGUCUUCUCGGUUCAUAGGCAGCUCUGCUAGAGCAGAAAGAACUCCUCCGGUUGGUACGCCAAUGUGUGAAGGUACCACUGUUCUUGGUACCAGAUGUAAGCACCGGUCUCUAUUCGGCUCCUCCUUCUGUAAGAAACACAGGCCUCGAAAUGAGAUGAAAGGGACAUCAAAUUUUCCAGAGACGCAUAAGAGAAAGCAUGAGAACUUUCCCAGUUCAGAAACCACAGAAUGCAAAGAAUUAGUACAUGUGGGAGAAGUUGAAAGCCCCCUCGAAGUGGAUCCAGUCUCAGUCAUUUCAGUUGAUGCCUUCCAUGGAAGGAACAGCUUAACUGAACAGUCCGAGCAUCCUGGCAAGGAUUGCAAUGGAACAGAGGAGCUGCACUGCAUAAGCUACUAUCUGCAUGAUAAUCUCAAUCCAUGUCUGGAAAGCCCAAGGCGCCAUUCAUUAUACUGUGAGAAACACCUACCAAGCUGGCUUAAACGUGCAAGGAAUGGUAAGAAUAGAAUUAUAUCAAAAGAAGUGUUCAUAGAUCUUUUGAGGGACUGUUGCUCACAGGAGCAAAGGAUGCGAUUACAUCAAGCAUGUGAGCUAUUCUACAAGCUCUUUAAAAGUAUUUUAUCCCUGAGAAAUCCAGUGCCCAAGGAGGUUCAAUUUCAGUGGGCCAUAUCCGAAGCCUCCAAAGAUUUUAGUGUUGGAAAAUUCUUUACGAAGUUAGUUUGCAGUGAGAAAGAGAAACUGACAAGGAUUUGGGGCUUCAGUACUGAUGAAGCCACUCAAGUUUCCUCCUCUGUCAUGGGAGAACAGUCGCUGUUUCCAAUGGCAGUGGAUGCUAGUCAUGGCGAUGAAACUACCAUUAAGUGCAAGAUUUGCUCAGAGGAGUUUCCUGACGAUGAAGCACUUGGUGGCCACUGGAUGGAAAUUCACAAAAAGGAAGCACAAUGGCUAUUCAGAGGUUAUGCUUGUGCCAUCUGCCUCGAUUCUUUUACUAACAAGAAAGUCCUGGAAACCCAUGUGCAAGAGAGACACCAUGUGCAAUUUGUGGAACAGUGCAUGCUUCUCCAGUGUAUUCCUUGUGGUAACCAUUUUGGGAACACUGAAGAGUUAUGGUUGCAUGUCCUUUCAGUUCAUCCUAUUGAUUUCAGGCUGUCAAAAGCUGGUCAGCCGCAUAAUUUAUCAGCUGGUGAGGAUUCUCCUCAGAAACUUGAGCUCUGCAAUACAGCUCAUGUGGAGAAUAAUUCUGAGAAUUCAGGUGGUUUCCGCAAGUUUAUUUGCAGGUUUUGUGGGUUGAAGUUUGAUUUGCUACCUGAUCUUGGCCGCCACCAUCAAGCUGCCCAUAUGGGGCCAAGUUUGGUUAGCUCUCACCCCUCCAAGAGGGGAAUACGUUAUUAUGCUUAUAGGUUAAAAUCAGGUAGACUCAGCCGUCCUAGAUUGAAAAAAGGUCUGGCAGCAGCAUCAUAUAGGAUUAGGAACAGGGCCAAUGCUAGUAUGAAAAGGCGCAUCCAGGCAUCAAAGUCUCAUAGUACAGUAGGAGAAAGUUUACAGCCUCAUGUAACUGAGGCAGCUAGUCUUGGUAGAUUGACAGAAUCCCACUGCUCUGCAGUUGCAAAUAUUUUGUUUUCUGAAUCUCAGAAAGCAAAACCUCGGCCCAACAACCAUGAUAUUUUAUCUACUGCUCGUUCUGCUUGCUGCAAGGUCAGUCUUGUAGCAUCCCUGGAGGGGAAGUAUGGUGUAUUACCAGAACAUUUGUAUCUGAAGGCAGCCAAGCUCUGCAGUGAGCAUAACAUUCAAGUUGACUGGCACCAAGAGGGGUUUAUAUGUCCCAGAGGUUGUAAGGCGUUCAAGGACCCAUACUUGCUGUCUCCACUGUUGCCUUUUCCCCUUAGGUCUGUGGGGUACAAGGCUGUGCAUCAAUCAGAUCCAGUGAACGAUGAGUGGGAGGUGGAUGAGUGCCACUAUAUCAUUGAUUCACGCCAUUUGGGACAUAAUUCCAUGCAAAAUGCAGCUGUCUUGUGUAAUGAUAUUAGCUUUGGGAAGGAACCAGUUUCGGUGGCCUGUGUUGCAGAUGAGGGUCUCUUGGAUUCUGUUCACAUCCUCAGAGAUGGCUCUGAUGGCGAAAAUGCUAUGCCUUGGGAGAGAUUUACCUAUGUUAUGAAGCCAUUCCUUGAUCAUUCCAUUGGUCCUGAUACAGAGAGCUUACAAUUGGGAUGUGCCUGCCCACAUUCAACAUGCUAUGCUGAAGCAUGUGAUCAUGUGUAUCUCUUUGACAAUGACUAUGAUGAGGCAAAAGACAUUUAUGGGAAACCCAUGCGUGACAGGUUCCCAUAUGAUGAGAAAGGCCGAAUUAUCUUGGAGGAGGGUUACCUGGUUUAUGAAUGCAAUCAUAUGUGCAGUUGCAGUAGAAAGUGUCCAAAUAGGGUUUUGCAGAAUGGAGUACGAGUGAAGCUGGAGGUCUUCAAAACGGAGGAAAAGGGAUGGGGACUCAGGGCAGGUGAAGCUAUCCUGCGUGGCACAUUUGUAUGUGAGUACAUUGGGGAGAUCUUAGAUGAGCAGGAAGCAAACAAGAGGCGGCAAAGGUAUGGGAAAGAAGGCUGCAGCUAUCUGUAUGACGUUGGUGCUCAUUUCAAUGACAUGAGCAGAUUGAUUGAAGGACAGGUCCGAUAUGUGAUUGAUGCCACAAAUUAUGGAAAUGUUUCACGGUUUAUCAAUCACAGCUGCUCGUCAAAUCUUGUGAGUUACCAAGUUCUUGUGGAGAGCAUGGAUAGUCAGCGUGCACACAUUGGUCUUUAUGCAAGCCGAGAUAUAGCUUUGGGCGAAGAACUGACAUUCAACUAUCGGUAUGAACUGCUGCCUGGAGAAGGAUAUCCGUGUAACUGUGGAGCUUCCAACUGCCGAGGACGCCUUUGUUAAAGCUUCCAUUGGACCUACCGCACUCUGCCUGAUGAGUCUAGACAAUCCGUGCUUAUAAUUUUAUUGCUGGAGAAUGUAGAAUCUGGGAUGGGAAGCAUCAAGCCAGUUUUCAAAUGGCCCAGUCCCCUACCAAUCUUUGUUAGAUUCUCUCUUAACUUCUGAUCCUGCACUCUUUGGUGUCCAACUUCACCGUUUUGUAGAUAUUUAUCUAGGCUAAAUUUUUGUCCAAUUGGUCCUGCACUAUAUUCUAGAUAUCUUACUUGAGAAGAAACGAGUAUGAAACCUCAUUUUGUUUUUCAUUCUUUUAGUGGAGUUUUUCCCCUUUAUUCUCCAAUGCCAAAGUGGCUUGGGUUAGCGAAUUGUAGGUGGUGGUUUCAAUAUUUAACUAUUGUCUCUCAUGGGAAUGCAUAGAUGGUGAAAGUUCUUAAUUUCAA